AAUACUUUUACAGAGAUUUGGUCAUUUCUGAACCAAAAAAACAAAUAAUAAAAGCAAACCGCCAUCUACAAUUAAGCAUGAAGCACCACCUCAAACACCAACUAGAGUGAACUUUUUGACAACAAAACUCUUAACAAUUAAGAUUUAUAAAAAUAAUACUAGUAAACUUAACCGACCAAGAAUGCAUCCAGAAAUUAAACUUCUAUAUAACCAUAAUACUUGUCAAGCUUCGCAGUCGAAGGCCACUUCAAAAGUUCAAACAUGGCAUCAACCUCUUCUUCACAAUCCACCUCUUUAGAAACCAAUAAUGUUAGUGUCUACUAUGAAAAUUGGCUCAUUCAACUUCAAAAUCUUCAUGAAAAAUUAAAUGCAAUUUCAGAUUCAUGUGAUGAUUUCAGUGAUGAAGAAGAAGAAGAAAAUAGCAGCAUCAGUGAAUUGGUGACACAAGUUUUGGAUCAUUAUCAAGAUUACUAUCAAGAAAAAUUCAAGUCAACAAAUGGAGAUGUAUUUCUUCUAGUUUCUCCACCAUGGUACACUUCUUUAGAAAAAACAUUUGUUUGGGUGGCUGGUUUUAAACCCUCUAUGCUUUUUCCAACUAUUAAUUCCUCAAUAGGACCAGAAUUGACAGCAGAGCAAGUGGAAAAAUUGAGGAGGGUAAAAGCAGAGACAAAAAGAGAAGAGAAGCUAAUUGAGAAAGGGAUGGCCAAGGUUCAAGAAAGUGUAGCAGCACCGCCAAUAUUUGAGCUGAUGAAAAGAGGGGGGUUGCUAGUCGACGGAGAAGCAACAAAUUUGGAAACAGUAAUUGAUGGGUUAAAACAGUCAAUAAUGUCAGUAAUUGAAGCUGCAGAACAUUUACGAGGAUCAACGGUCAGGAAAGUCCUAGAUAUUCUUCGACAAAAACAGGCCGUUAAAUUAUUGGCAGCAGUUGCACAAUUUCAUCUUCAAGGGAGAAAGUUGGGUUUACAAAUGGAUAUUCAGAAUGCUAGAAGAAUUAAUGAAGAUUUUAUCCGUUGAGAUUUCAAAAUCUGGGUUUAUUAUUAUACU